AUGCUGCUAGCUCGGCGCUCGUCACUACCAAAGCUGCUGACCACUUCCGCUGAGCUUGUAAUACUACCCGAAAACUCUCCAGGUGCCGGUCUCAUGAAAACCAUGGUGGAUCUCUCUUUAAUUAUACAGGUUGUGAAUGACACUGUGACAAGGGCUGAGUUGAACGAAGCCAUUGACCUGGAAGGCCGAUUUGAUGCUAUCUUGAAAGAAAUGAAAGAGAUGUUAGCGAAGAUUGACUUGGCAAGGGAUGAAGCUUCGCGUGCACAUCAGCUGGACUGGAUAGCAGUGGAAUUCACCACUCGAGCCGCCCUGAUAAGUAUUCAUCAGUCGCGUCUCAAGCUCAUGCAGAACCCUUCGACCCGAACCGACUGCGUCACGUGUGCUCGAGAAUCUCUUGGGUAUUUCUCACGGCUUCAAAGCCAGCUAAGUGACGAUGCCAGAUUUGCAGAAACUUUCACUUUUCAAGCUUGGAUAACCCUUGUGUUCCCCUUGAGCAGCUUCUUUAUUCUGUUCUGUAAUUUCAUCGCGACAUCCAAUAUCGAGGAUUAUGCUUUGAUGGAGCAGGUUUUUCAACAGCUACAUCUUUUGCCUAACUCCAAAUCUCGUGCGAGAAUACAGCAUCUCCUGGGCAGUUAUCGUCAAUUAUGCCAGGAAAUUUUGCCGAGCUCAAUAGAGGCUCAUCGAGGAUUGCAGACCGAAUAUGCCAUACCACAAUCGGAAAACCAUGAGACUGGUAACAUGCAGGCAAUUGACCCGGUUGAAUGGCUUGAGCGUCCUGAAGAGCACCUCAAUUUUGAUGGAGUUUGGGACGACGAGUCACUGCAAGAUCUUCUUACGGCGCACUCUUCGCUGGGGCUGUUUGAGCAGUGCAAUGAUGUGUAG